AUGUCAAUUGCCAUAAUGCUCAGAAUAUUCAUACUUUCUCUUAAACAACUUCUCUCUUUGUCUCUUCCAUGGGUUUCUCAGUCUCACUUUUACUCUUAUGUCUUAAUCUUUCUCUCUCUCUCUCUCAUAUUCUCUCUCACUCUCUCUCCCCACUUAAACAUAGAUUUUAGUUUUGCUCUCUCACUCUCACUGCAUCUCCAUCUCAAUGUCUUCCAUCACUAUUUCUCUCAGUCCUCCUCACCCACUGCAUCUCUGACAUCUCUAUCUCUCUCUCUCUUUGUCUUCACUCUACAUGUCGUGGCCUUUUUUUUUCUCUCUCUCUCUCUCUCUUUGUCUUCACUCUACAUGUCGUGGUUUUUUUUUUUCUCUCUCUCUCUCUCUCUUUGUCUUCACUCUACAUGUCGUGGCCUUUUUUUUUUUUUCUCUCUCUCUCUUUGUCUUCCUCUACAUGUCGUGGCCUUUUUCUCUCUCUCUCUCUCUCUCUGUCUUCACUCUACAUAUCGUGGCCUUUUUUUUUCCUCUCUCUCUCUUUGUCUUCACUCUACAUGUCGUGGCCUUUUUUUCUCUCUCUCUCUCUCUCUCUCUCUUUGUCUUCACUCUACAUGUCGUGGCCUUUUUUCUCUCUCUCCAUUUUUCUUUCACAUUGAAAUUUUCCACUUUCUCUUCACUGAGUAUAUUGUCAUGCUAAUUUUCUUUUUUCCUUUUCUUCUUUAUUCUUUGUGUCUCCAUUGUUUUUUUUGUUUUUUUUGUUUUUUUUAUUUUAUUCUUCCAUUUUCUUCUUCAUUCUGCCAUUUUAUUUCUCAACUUUUAAUUUCUGUGCCUUUUAUUGCUCUUUAUCAUGACUUUUUUCUUUCAGUAAUAUUUUUCUUUUUCACCUACUGUUUUUCCUUUUUUUUUCUAUCUUUCUCUUCCUCUUAA